GUUAAUCAUUCACCCCACACACAGAUUGUGAGGCCCAGGGGGCAGCCCCAGCCCCAGGACUCCCCGAGCCCUGGGCAGGUUCUCACAGGGGACCAGUCGUCUAGACAGACAAGAGUGUCAAGACUCAGCUGCAAACAGCCCUGGUUACCGGGAGGCCUUUUCAGAGUGGACCCCUCACAAAGUGCAGGGCCUGAAAGCCCACCCUCGUAGGACACAGGACAGCUAACAGCAGUAGGCUGACAUGAACCAGCUGAAGGAAAUGUGGAGUGAUGAGUUCUGGGAGAACCCCUGGGACCAGGGGGGCCUGAUUGUGAUUGGUUUAUUCACCACCACAGUCCUGCUUUUCAUCUUGUUUGCUGUUGUGUUUGGCUUAUUCCCUCCAAUGGAGAGGACCCAGUGUGAAGAGGACUGACCUGGCUUCCUGGGGGCGAGAAGGCAGCGGGACAGGAGGGCUAACCUCACUCCAGACUGGCAGGGGUCCCUCUGCAGUCUCCUCUGGCCCAGGGCUCAAGCCCUGGUGUCUUCUCUUCCCAUCAGGAGAGAGUCCAGUCAAAUGCUGGAUUGGGCUUGGGGGUUGGUCUGAGACCCACUUGGGCGUCCCCACCCUGCUGCCACCAGGUCCAUGCACGAACCUGCAGAGGGCCUGUCCCAGCCUCGGGAGAGGAGCCAUGGCCAACAGGUCCUCCGAGAGGCUCAAAGGUCGGCCAAACGACGGGCAAAUCCUUGACAGAGAAGGACACAAAGCUCCUGGACGAAGUAAAAAUUCCUUUUCAAAUCUGCUAA